AUGCAGCUGUUGGUGAUAACACGCUGUCGGCUAGGCAAAUGCCUGUCAAAGAAGGCGGCAACACUUGUUGUUCAACAGUGGCCGAUCCAGAAAGAACGUGGAAUGAAGAGAAAGGAUCGAAAUCUUGAAGAUUCUCGGCAAAGAUCGUUAUCUACAAUGGCUGAAGGUAUGAUUCUUGCUGGCAUGAAACGUUUUUUGGAGAGCAGCAUCUCAUCAGCAUUACAAUUAAGCAGGAAAAGAAGUGGACGUGCAGUGGAUUUACUCCUGAACGAUACUACAACCAAUUUACGGAUGCGUAAUAUUGAUGCGAUUGCGAUGACAUUCGUGACGUCCACAGCAUUUCUUCAGAAAAAGAAGGCGCUUUACUGUGUUAGCCUGAACGCAACACACGCCGAAUGGUCAGAGGUCACUCUGCACCCAGUUUUCUUUCCCGCAGCGUCAAUUUGCAAGUGGAAGCAGUACACGGCAAGCUGUGCUGUUGUGCAACAGCCAGUCGAAUUUGCACUGUCAACCUUGCAAGAGACUGUUCAUUUCCACACCAUAACAUUUAAAGAGCCAGCCCAUGGGCGAUAUGAUGUCGUGGCUUGCUUCGCUCCGAUCAAUUAUGCUCAAAAUUGGCAAUUGCUGCUAGCAGGUCUUGAAAUUCGACGAACUUUUGGCGUUGCAUUACAAAUACUUUAUGUCGAAAGCAUCGAAUUCAGCCUGAUGAACAUCUUGAAGGUUUGUUUUCAAAAAAUAAAGUAA